AUGAACCAUUCUUCAUCUUCGCAGAACACGCCCCAUACAAUGAACAAUACACACCCAGAUAUGACUACAUUUUACUCAAGGAUUGUCCUCCAGGAAUCAAACGCCAGAAUAGACCUCAACUAUAUGUAUUGGGUAGUUAGUAACGCCCUCAGAAUCGCUAUUGAACCAAUCAAACAAAACACCAACCAGAUCAACCGCGAUAACACUGCCAAUGAGACAGUAAAGAUUAUCCACGCGGUCAGCUGUUUGGAGGGAAGAGCCCUUGAUCAGGUCAGACCACUUGUUAAUGCCAAUCCUGUUGACUUCUUUUCCUCCGUCACCUUCUUCGUCGACCACAUGGAAGCCUCAUUUAGAGACCUAAACACCCGAAGUACCACCCACCACCAACUCAUCCCCAUGAGGUAA